AUGAAUAUCUUUCGUUUCUGCGGCGACAUGUCGCAUCUUUUCAGCAUUAUUGUUUUGCUGCUACGGCUGCGAGUGGCAAAAAAUGCACAGGGAAUCUCUGUCCGAACACACGAACUUUUCUUGGCUGUUUUCGUUACUCGAUACUUGGAUUUGUUCACCACUUAUUACUCGCUAUACAACUCGUGCAUGAAGAUUAUAUACAUUGGCUCCACUGCUGCCAUUGUUUACACCAUCAAAUUUCAAGAGCCGAUUAAGAGCACCUACGACAAGAGCCAAGAUUCUUUCUUGCACUGGAAGUUUGCAGCUGCUCCAUGCGGUGUUUUGGCGUUCCUGACUCACUUGAUCGGGUCUGGAAUUGCCGACUUCAAUCUGCUCGAGUUGCUUUGGACAUUUUCAAUUUACUGUGAAGCCAUUGCUAUCCUUCCUCAAUUGAUUGUCAUUCAACGUUACCGGGAGAUUGAAAACUUGACGGGGAACUAUGUUUUCUUCAUGGGAGCCUACCGUGCUCUUUACAUUCUAAACUGGGUUUACAGGGCAAACACUGAAAAGGGAUACAGACACCAUUGGGUUGUGUAUAUCUGUGGUGUGAUCCAAACGUUGUUGUAUGCGGAUUUCUUUUACUACUACUUCAAAAGUAAAUCGCAAGGAGGAAAAUUCUCCCUACCAACAAAUGCCUAA